AUGUCCGACCCCACGCCCAGCUGCACCGUCACCACCUGCCCGAAGCCCGGCACCCUCCGCUGCACCGACGCACACUACCUCGAGCCCUGCCCGCUCCGCGACUACGCACUAUCACGUGUACGCGCCGGGGGUGGCGACCUCCCCCUCAACCCCCUCGCGGAGCGGUGUCUGGGCUGGCCCGUGAACGGCGACGUGGCCGUCGUGCGGUCGUCGACCAUCGAGGUCAAUCACUACGAGGACGCGUUCUCGGCGAAUGACUUCAUGCGCACGCUGGCGUACCACCGCGCGGAUCGCCCGGUCAAUGGCAUGAGUGACCGCCAGCGGAGGGAGAGGGAGAGGUACGCCGGGAAGUUUGGGUUGGAUGAGAGCUUUUUGCCGCCGGGUUUUCCAUGAUCCCUUCGGCGGUGGGUGUCUUUGGAGGAGUGGUUUGGGUGGUGGAUGGGGGCGUUUGGGAUCAAG